AUGAUCAAAACCCAACAUUUGGAACCAGUUACCACUCCUAUUUUCACACCAAUUUUCUCACCAGUUACCGGUGAAACACCACAACAAGGCGGCUCAACAAUGACCAUUGAUCCAAUGAACGAAUUACAGAGAUCGAUCGACGAAGGACCAACAUCCUAUGCCACUGUGUACACACAAAGCGUCUCUGCACAAACACAACAACUGACGAUGAUCUUAGGAAGCACAACACCACCAACGGUGAAUAACGUCAGCGGCGUGCCGGUUAUCUCGCAAUCACCGCCACUAAAUCAGAUGGCGAGAGAACAAGCGAUGGCCUUCCAAACGCCUCCGUUUGUGACAAAAAUGUCCUUCAAUACCACAAUCCCACCACAUCCUACAUUCAUGUCAAACAACUUGCUCGCACAAAACCCACACCUCUUAUCAAUCCAUCCAAUGACCUUCCCGUUUCAGCAGCAAAGUUUUUACGGCCCAACCCCAGGGCACCUUUCAACAUACAACAACAUGCUAGUGCAACCAUACCUCACCGCCCAACAGUAUAACCCACAAGGCGCUUUCUCCAUCCUAAACCGAUAUUGUUUAUCGUGA